AUGUGGGUAAAACCAGAGUUGCAACCCAAUACAUACCGGGCAUACUGUUAUCGGGAUUUAUACAGAGCCUAUGGACCGCUCCGGCAUUUUGAUGUCCCGUUUAAUGGGGGAGGCGAGUGGGACCCCUCAGCUGUCCUUGCCCCCGAUGGUGAGGUUUUGGAUGCCGGAGACGCCCCAGUAAACCCUAGUCCUGAACCGGAGCCCGAACCCAAACCUGUGGCCCCUGCAGACCUCGAGCUUGAAGAGGAGUUUGAGGAGUCCGAACCCGAGCCCGAGGAGGAACCCAUGGAGCCCGAGAUCGAGGAAGAAUUCGAAGAACCAAAGCCCGAGUCCGAGCCUGAGGAGGAGCCUAUGGUGCCGAGCGCGAAUGCGAUCGCCUCUUCGCGAACUGGGCCGAUCGAGAAGUCGUUCCUUCACGGCCAGGUCUUGCAAUUGCUGAACCAUGCGAAGCGAGACCUCUCGCCUCUUCGUGGGGAAGGCGAGACCUCUCGAGCUCAGAGCUCUAGCUUCAGGCCCGCACGGCUGUUCCGCUAA